AUGUCGGAAAGAACACCUUUAAUUAAUAGUAAUGAUCCAAAUUCACUGGCGCAUCUCCUUUCGAGGACCUAUGGAGAUAUUACAACUUUCGAUAAACUAUUGAAGGAUUUGGGUACCUCCAGAGAUACCAAUUCAUUCCGUUCUAACUUGUAUCAAAAAAAAGUUGAAAUAAGUGAUAAUCUAAAGUUAAUAUCGAAUAAAUUGAAACAACCAAGUUCAAUGUCAAAGAUACAAAAAGAAAAGAUAUUGAAAGAUUUGAAAGAUGCUACCAAUAGAUUCGAAGAGUUGAUGCAACUCGCUAGCAAGAAAGAGAGUGCCUCAAAACCAAUCAACGAUCCAGAGGCAAUUGAACAACAUAGAAAUUCAUUUAGAGAACCACAAAACUUUGGUGGAAGAAACAAUAUAAACAAUGGUGGUGGUGGUUAUCAAAAUAAUAACAAUAAUUAUAAUGGUGGUGGUGGAUAUAAUGAUUUCAAUCAGCAACAACAACAAUAUCAAGAACAAGAUCAAGAUAAGAAAUUUACAUUUGGUUUGGGUGGACAGUUGGUCGAUCAAGAACAGAUCUAUAAUGAUAUAAUUGAAGAGAGAAACAAAGCUACUAGACAGUUGGUAGAUGAUAUGAGAACACUGCAGGAUAUCGUUGGUGAUAUCUCACAGUUGGUCGAAGAGGACGGUGAGAAGCUGGUGAUUGCUAACAACAAUGUAGAGACUGCCGACACCAAUGUAGAGGCUGGUGUAGACGAUCUCGAAAAAGCACUAGUCUACAAAACAUCGUACCGUAAAAAAGUAUUCUUCCUCGUCAUUUGUCUUGGUAUCACACUUGCUGCUCUCAUCAUCUUUUUAGGUCUGUGGUUUGGUGUAUUCAAAAAGAAAUAG